CAGGAAGACGCAGGGAAAAGAAAUGGGACGCCCUCCCUCCCUCCCUCCUUCCCUGCCUCCUUCCCUGCCUCCUCCUCCUCUUCUCUCGGUGAAUAACGGUUUCGAAGAAGUUCGAGGAGCAGCGGCGCAGACAAAAGCAGCGGGACUGUCUGUGUGACCACACACACACACACACACACACAGUGUCAUCAUGGAGGAUCUGGGAGUGGCUGAGCCUCCUAACUACCCUCUCAGCCCUCGUAUUGUUGUGUUUGAUGCUCUUCUUGCUGAUCUGGAGAACACUGGCUCUCCUCUUGCCCGCUGUCCUGUCCUGUUGACCUCUGACCCUCCUCAGAAUGCUGAUCCCACCAUCCAGGACCCAAACCAGGCCCGUCCCCCACCUCCUGCAUAUACUCCACAGCAGACUGUUUCUGCUGCGAUGAAAUCCUCCCAGAACUCCAACCCAGACAAACUGUACAGCACAGUGUGUAAAGCACGGUCUCCCCGCACAGCAGAUCCUCCCCCUCCUUCCACCUUCUCCUCCUCCUCACUGCUGGGAGGAGGUCUGAGUGAACUGGACCAUCUGUUACAGGAGCUCAACGCCACCCAGUUCAACAUCACAGACGAGAUCUUGGCCCAGUUCCCUUCUUCUAAGAAAGAUGAGCGAGAGAAGACCAGAGACAAGGCCACAGCCUCCUCCAACAGCUCUGCAAAACCUUCAGCAACAUCAGCCACACUGGAACUGGACAAACUGAUGGCGUCGCUGUCUGACUUCAGAGUGCAGAGCACACCAGUGCCUGUCACUCCAGUGGUGACGACACAGCAGCAGCCCCCCACACCCACCCCAGCUCCAGCCCCCACUGCCACACCCACCGCAGCCCCCCAACAACCCUCAUCGGGCGGCUCGCUGGACAGCAUGCUGGGACUGCUGCAGUCAGACCUGAGCAGACAAGGCGUUCAAACGUCCUCCAAGGGAAACUGCUCAGCAUGUCAGAAGCCAGUCGUUGGACAGGUGGUGACGGCCCUGGGGAAGGUGUGGCACCCUGAGCACUUUGUGUGCACCGAGUGUGAGACGGAGCUGGGCAGUCGCAACUUCUUCGAGAAGGACGGACAACCGUACUGCGAGUCGGACUACUUCACCCUCUUCUCUCCUCACUGUGCACACUGCAACAAACCCAUACUCAACAAAAUGGUGACGGCUCUGGACAAGAACUGGCACCCUGAGUGUUUCUGCUGUGUGAAGUGCAGCCGGGCGUUUGGAGAGGAAGGUUUCCAUGACCGUGAGGGUCAGCAGUAUUGCCAGCAGUGCUUCUUGACUCUGUUUGCUUCCCGCUGUCAAGGCUGCAGUCAGCCCAUCCUGGAAAACUACAUCUCAGCUCUCAACUCUCUGUGGCACCCACAGUGCUUUGUCUGCAGGGAGUGCUACAGCCCCUUUGUUAACGGCAGCUUCUUUGAACACGAGGGGAAGCCACUGUGUGAGGCCCACUACCAUCAGUCCCGCGGCAGCGUGUGCCAGGCCUGUCAGCAGCCCAUCCUGGGCCGCUGCAUCACGGCCAUGGGAGCCAAGUUCCACCCCCACCACCUGGUGUGUCACUUCUGCCUGAAGCCGCUGAGCAAGGGCUGCUUCAAGGAGCAGGAGAACAAGCCCUACUGUCACCCGUGCUUCAUCAAACUGUUCGGCUGAGGACGCAGCAGGACUUUGCCCCUCCCCCAUCCUCAGGGUCAGAGAAGCUGGUAGUGUUUUUUUUUGUUUUUGUUUCUUUUACUGCAGGAAUGAGGGUGGAGCUGGUCUCUGUAGCCAUGUUUCCUCUUAACGCUUCACUUUGUUACAGUACAGUAGGUUUCCAUCUGGAGUAGUACCAAAAUAACCCGCCCCAACCGUUCCAUUCCCCUGAUACCAGAGUGAAAUGGUAUGGUCAGCAUUGAGCUAGACCAGUUUUUCACUUCUCAAACAAAGCUUUUAGUUUGUAUUGUUGAGACAUGUGGAGCAGGGAAACAUCGCUGCUGGGUUCUGUUGUCAGUCGACGCCCAAACUGUAUCGUACUGUACCAAACCGGACCGUACCAUCAUGGAAACACAGCAUGUCAUGGUUUGGACUGUACUGAGACCGGCAGCUGAAAGUAUAUCUCUGCUCUUGAUUGGACACAACAUGGUGAAUCUCUCACAAACUGUCUCCAUUCAGAUUGUUAUUUUGCCAAAGGUAGAAAACAGUGUAACAAGAACCAUUCAAUGAAAGACAAGGAAGUGCCCUUUAUUCUGUUUGCUUUAUAUUACACACGCGUCACAGCAAAUGCAUUCAUAUAUCGUCUUAUAUGUUAGAAUGUGUAUAAAAUGUGCUUGGUCAUUAUUCUUUCACUACAGCUGCAGUUUGCCAAAGACAAUCCAAAGAAUGAAUCAAAUAAAGAAGAACACAAGUUGUUUUGCUGUUUCA